AUGAGCAUCGUUCUUGAUGAAGAUAACACCGAAGAUAGCUCAGAAUUAAGGGUCUCAAUAUUAGAAGAACUUGGAACAAAAAAACAUAGAGCCAUUACAAGAACAGAUAGGCUCAUCUAUAUUUUAAAAAAACCAGCAAAUUUCUUAAAUUCUUCCCCAUCCGUGAGCGAACAAAAAAAUGUUGCUUGCCCACGGAGGGGGAUUAAUUUUGUUUUUUUAAAUUUUAUCGUAAAAUGUUUUUUUUGAAAUUUAAAAAAAAAAAAUUCGCAAAAAAUUGAAAUCGAAUAUUAAAUCUAAUUUGUAAAAUUUAUGUUUUAUCAAAAGUUUUUUUGUUUCGGAGGGUGGGCUUUUAGGCAAAAAUAGGGAUUUUUCCAAGGUUUUGUUUCACUAACAGAGGGGGGAGUAAGAGAAAAAUUCAGCCCUGGGUCGAUGAAGAGCAGUAUUUUUAAUAUUUUGGCGUCAACAAUGGGAGCUGGAAUUCUUUUAUUGCCGUAUGCUGUUAAUCUUGCUGGAUUUUAUUUUGGAAUUAUUUUAAUCAUUAUUGGAAUGAUGUGUAGUCUUAUUGCAUCGCAAUUACUUAUUAUUGUUGCCGAAAAUCUUGGGCUAGAUACUUAUAAUAUGAUAGGGGAAAGGCUAUUUGGGACUAAAAUGAAGGUAUUUACAGAGAUUAGUUUGAUUAUAAGCAACUAUGGUGCUGCUGUCACCUUUUUAGUGCUGCUGAAAAGUUUGGUUCCACUGAUUUUAAAAAGAAUCGGUACAGAUAAUGACGUAUUACAAAGCGAGUAUUUGUGGGGCUGCAUAAUUACUUUAUUCAUAGUUUUCCCUUUAUGCUUAUUUAAGCAGAUGACUUCAUUAAAAUACACAUCAACUAUUUGCUUUUUUUCGUUGGUUUAUUUAUGUUUUGCCAUCACCUUUACUUUUUUCAGUAUGAGAUUUGGGAGUUGCGGAGAACGAAUAUCAGAAGCCACAGAAAUGAAAACUUCUUGAACCGUUUUUGAAGUCUUUCCUAUCAUAAUUUUUGCCUUUACUUCUCAGCCUUAUGCUCUUCCUAUAUAUGAAGAACUUCAAAGAAAAACCACAACUAGAGGAUUUAAAGUUUUAAAUAGAAGCUUAGGUAUGGCGUUAGGACUUUACUUAUUAAUCGGGAUAUUUGGAUAUCUUACUUUUUACAAAGAAUAUUCAACCCUUGACUUUCCUGAUGAAAUUUUAAAUGGGGACUAUGAAAAUGGGAACGUUGUGAUGAUACUUGUAAACUUUAUUUAGGCGACCUGUGCAACACUUGCUAUUGCACUAACUGGUUGUCCAUUGUCGUUUUAUCCAUGCAGGCAAGCCAUAUUUUCAUUUGUUUGGGGAGAAAAGCCAGUUUCCUCAAAAAAUCAUAUGUUUAUUACUGCUAUAAUGCUAUUAUCAGCUAUGGGGAUUUCUCUUGCUAUUCCAAAUAUUAGGGUGAUAGUGACUGUAUUGAAUUAAAUCAGGCGGCUUAAGGUCUUCCAGAUGUGAUGCCUCUGCAUGCUUUUAAACCACCAGACCCUUACUUGCAGGAAAUAGUAUCUGUUACCUGAGCUCCAUCAAGAGCAGUCUUCUCCCAGAAUAAAGGUUUGCACUGUAUCCCUGAGUUUCAACGCGUUAGAAAGACUCAUCUGAACUGAGCAUCUUGUGGGGGGUGUUAUGGAGGCAAAGGUUAGCCCGAUGCCUCAUGCUAGCUGCUUGAGGAAGGGUGAUGAAACCCAGAAAAAAAGAAUCAUGACCUUCCGAAAUGGCAGGGAAAGAACCUGUGGCCCAAAAACCAUCCGGAUAAUCAAUACCUGGACUUAAAUGGUCACCAACCCAGCUGACUCCCAAAGUCACCCACCAUCAUACGCCCUCCAUACAGCAAGCUUAGAGUUAGAAUCGAAGGCCUGAACAUUUAUUUAGGCUAUAAAGCCAUUUUAGCGCCCAAAGUGGUGCGUCAUAGGCAAGGAAUUAUUUUGUCACCACCGUAUUAAUUAUUGACUGUAUUAGGAUCUACAUUAAGCCCUAUCGUAUGCUUUAUUUUGCCUUGCUGAUUUUACAUUAAGACAUUCAGAGGCAAAACCGGUAAAAUGACUCUCGUUCUGUGCUGGGCUAUAAUGGCUUUAGCUUCGAUUUUUGGGUUGAUUGGGCUCGUAGUAUUUUGUGUAGAAACUGCUGGUGGGAUAAAUUAA